UGAAGACUAGAAAGGGAUCCUGUGAAAAGAAUGUAGAAAAAUAAGAGAAAGUUGAAUCAACUUGGAGGUCUAAGCAGUGACAAAUUAUAGUUUUAGGAGAUGUAAUGAUGCACUGUAUUGUUUAAAAAAUAUGGAAAACCUCAACUUUGCAUGAGAUCUUAUAUAAUUUAGAUAAGCUUUUAGUAUUUAUGUUAUACUUUAAAUAAUAAGAAUGUUUUGUUUAAAUUGAAAAUCAUGAGCUGAAUAACCUUUCUUUUUGCAGAGUGCCCCAUUAAUUAAGUCAAUUAAAAAUAUUGGAAGUGAAGUGAUAAUAUUUCCGCAAAAACAUGGAAAUGACGUAAAUUCUAAAUAUCCAUUGGUAGAAGAAAAAGGGAAAGAAGAUAGUAGCAAGACUGAUGAAGUCUCCGAAACAAGACCUCAAGAAAUACAUCAAGAAUCAUGUAAGGUCUGUGUGGGAAACGAAAAACAAGCUGAAGUGCCUUCAGGCUGGUCAAAGCAAAGAGAUUCAGAAGGACAGGUUAUGAUGGAAUCAAUACCAAAAUCAAGUCUUAAAGAACAAGGAAAAGUUCCAGGUGAGCACGAGGAUGAGCACAUGUCAACAAUACCUGAAUUGGCAAUUAACCCCACUGAGAUGGCUGUAAAAAUCAGUGAGGAAGAAACAUACAAGGAGGAAGAAGCAUUAACAGCAAUAGAUAAUGACCAGAGCUGCAUGCCAGAAAAUGAACUUGAGCAAACGAGUAAAGCUCUCGAGGUAAUUGAUCAAACCCAAUUCACGGGCAAAGAUACAGCAGAUAAUGAACAUGCUGACCACCAAUUGGAAGAACCCAGCACGGAGAAUGUGAUUACAAAUUCCAACUCAGAACAGUUGCCAAAGGAAAGCAGCAUAAAAUCAAAAUGUGAUGAGGAACCACUAGAAAAGAUUCUUGAAUUAUACUCUAUUGAUAAUUCAGAGAUAAAAAAAGAUGGAAAAGUCAUGUCAGAGAAGGAAAUAGGUGUGCCUGUAGAUGGGACCCUAAAAACUUUAUCAACUACAGCAUGUGUUGGCGCUGCAGAGUUAGAGAACAAGGAUGAAGGAAAAUUCACACUUGAGAAAGCAAAAGAGAUGGAAGCAGCAACAGAUAGUCCACCUGAGAAUAAAGACCAACCUGCAGUGCCCACUUCUGAAUUUGUCAAAGGUCACACUGACGAAAUCUCACAGCAACAAACACAUAAAAAUGGUGAAACAUCAGUUAUUGACACUGAGAACAGCAGCACAGAACCUGAGGAUGAUGAGAAAUUAUAUAAAGAAGCGAAAGAAAUUGAAGCAGCAAUGGAAACAUAG